GUUCCGGGGCAGGCGCCGCCGGCGGUGGCCGUUGCCCGGGGGAUGAGCUCGGAGAAGGGGAACGUGUCGCGCACGCGGCCCCAGCGGUACCAGAACGUGCGCGCCUUCAAGAACGACAAGUACGACACCAGCGCCCGGCGUAAGAAAAUAAAUGCUAAGCUUCAUGAUGGAGUGUGUCAGCAUUGCAAAGGUAUCUUGGAGUGGCGGGUAAAAUUCAGCAAGUAUAAACCACUAUCAAAACCUAAAAAAUGUGUGAAGUGCCUACAGAAGACUGUAAAAGAUCCUUACCAUAUUAUUUGUCGACCAUGUGCGGGUAAACUAGAAAUUUGUGCUAAAUGUGGAAAAGAGGAGGAAAUAGUAAUUCCGAUUGAUAAAGGACAAGACAGAACUAAGAGCGCAACUACUAAAAAUGGGCAAGAGAGCAGUGGAUUGGAGGAUGAGCUGGAUUCUGAUACAAACUUCAGUAGUACAGACGGUGAUGAAGAUUCUGAUGUGCUUGAAGAACAAUUUAAAAAUAUGAAUUUUGAAAGGACAGAGAUCUAAAAGGUUGAGUUUAUGUGAGAGACCAUAUGUAAUCAAAACUGGUAAACCAAGAUUUACCUUAAACUACUUUGAAAACCUGAUUUGAUAUCUGAGGUCCUUGAAAGUAAAUGUUGGCAGUAUGUAUUAUGAUGCUCGUCAGGGGUUUUGUAUAAAUAUAUAUUUUUUUUUGUAUUAAGAGAAAUAUUUCUUGUGAAAAGAUUCGGAAAUUGAAUCUUUAAGCACAGUUGUUUCUUGCAUACACGUAAUAACUUCCUGUUGCUCUGGAAUAAAGCCUCUACGUGUAAUUGUUCCAAAUUCAAUAUUACAUGACUGCUGUAUUGCCACUUGAAAAGCAACGUGCAAGUUGAGAGUAAAUACAGAGUCUUGUCAUAAAAAGGAAGAGCUAAACCAGCUGUAAUCGAUUGCUGGAGGAAGAACUUGCAACAUCUGUCAAUGAGUUUCCAAACAGGGUCAAAAUACCAAGUGGUCAUUACCCUUAUGCCUGUUGUUUCUUUUCUGUGCAAAAAAAGAGGACAUAAAUGUCACCAGCAGUACAGUUCAUGAGCAGUUAGUGCUUAUUUACCAUAUGUAAGUAUGCAUUAUAUAUUUGUGACCUUGUUACUACCUAUGUUUUGAAAAGAAAAAAACCUGAAGACUUUUUAGAAUUUCUCAUGACGAGUCUCACGCUUUCUUUUCCUUUGACUGCAGAUCUAAUGUAGUUUACUUUGAUAUGAAAACACUUGUGUAGUGUAGUGUUGCUUAUAUAAUUACUCUCUUCCUGAUUUUCAGUUCUUCCUAGGGGUUAUUUCAAUGUAGAUUAAGCUACCUGAAUUUACAGUAAAUAUCUGUUAGGGCAUUCAGGCUGGUUUGAUUUCUUUUGUAUUGUCUGCUACCUCUAUAAAUAAAGCUGAAAAUGUCCUUUUAGUAAUUAAAUGGUUUAACGUAUUAGGAUAUAUAUGCCAUUUUUACUAACUGCAUAACAGCUACACAUCUGCUUAGGUGUUCUGGCUGAUUUGCAGUAGUGGGCACAGAAAAAUUUGAUUCCCAAACUACCUUCUACAAAUUAAUUGUGAAUGACUUCAGCUCUGGGAUUAUUUUCCCCCUCCCCCAAUGGGAAGAAUACUGAAACUUUAUCCUUUGGGUAGAGAUAGCCACCCUGUGGCUGCUGUAGUUGACCUUAAUUUUAAAGAAAAUCUAGUUACCAAGAUGUGGAGUACUAAGACAUUCCAUCAGGCAAUAGCCUAGAAACUGUUCUGACUUAGAGGAAAACUUUUUUAUUUAGUAUUGACAAUAACAGGCAGCAGCAAAAUUCUUGUAAUCAGUAAUGGGGCAGUGAGCUCUUACAGUUUUUUCUGAAUUGUUUAGGUGCUUGUCACUACACAUAAGGCCUUAAGAAUACGCCUUUAAGAAAAAUUAUAUUUUACUUAUUUAGAUAUGUCUUUCACUUUUUAUAUUGUACAUUAAAACACCCUUUUACCUUUUCUAAACUAUUUGUAAGUUUGUAUCUUAAUAUCUAAAACAAUCUUUUUAAUGAUCUCUAAGGGCUAGUAGUCUGCUUGGUUUCUUUUUUUGUUGUUGUUUUGUUUUUUGUUUUUGUUUGUUUGGUUUUUUUUGUUUAUUGUUGUUGUUCCUUUUCCAUGCUGCCCUUCUGCAGCUGAAGAAUUAAAUUCCCUAAGAUUAUUUUAAUUUUUCAGUCACAUGUAGGUCUUUUGUAUAGGUAGAUUUUUGCCAAGCAUUCUGUGGUGACCACUAGCAGUAAAUUAUUGAAACACAUUCUGCUGGUCUACUCUCUUCCAUGUUGUGAUGCAUCGUGACUUUUGUGGCUUUUCACUUAGACAAAGUUUAAAGUUCACUAAGUGUUUGGGUGGUAUUACGUUUCCUCCUGGGGUUGCUUAUUACGUGGUUGUUUGCAGUCAUAAAGGACUGGAACUAAUGAAGCAAACAACCUAUCUCCUUUCUCUGCCCAUUCUAUAAACAUGUUAUUUAUAAGCUAAACCACUAGUUUUGUGAUUAAACAUACCAUUUUUUUUACUUAACGGCAACUAAUAAAACCCAAGAAAUUUAGAAGUUUAAAAUUUGUAGAAGGGCGAUGGUUUGUGUUGGAAGAGUCAGUGAAGCUGCAAAGCACCAAGAGAUGCUUAGUGGCAGAAAAGGAGGUUGUUUGGUGCAUUUAGAAAUGACUGGAAAUUGGUGUGAAGGUCAUGUUGAAUUGACAGAUAAAUCCUCCCAGCAGGAUUGCAGUGACGUCUGACUUUGUGUGACAUCGCCUGUUGUCCUGCCAGUUGACGUUGAUAAAGACAGUAAACACAGAACAUCCCCCAUACGCGCUGCAGAUGAUGGGGCCAGGGGUAAAGGGGAGUUAAUAAGUAAUCUGGAGUUAGCUUCAGAAAGGGUGUCUCUGGAGGGGAAACCACCAGUGUCAUCAAAAGUGAACUUGGCUUUUGAAAGUGACAUACGUGUGGGAAGUGUUCUUCCACUCGGAAAAAUUAGGUAAUGGCCUAGCCCUUUCCCCAAAGGUGAGAGGAAAUCCUGAAAUGACAGGAAACCAUGUCAUGGAACUGGCAGGAGUUGUAUAAUGAGAAAACAAGGGGAAGGGCUCUCUUCUCAAAGUGAUGACACAACUUGUCAGUACCACGGAAGAGCAGUGUCAGACAGAUAAGCAUCAUGUAGCAGCAAAGUACAAAGGUUAGGGAAGGUCCUCUGUGGCUAACAUCUUCACACAGCUGGUGCUCUGUUCAGAGUCCAGGAGGGCACUUGACACUUCAGGUGAGGACGCUUUGCUGUGGGUGAGCACAGCUGCAGUGGUGCCUGGCUGCUGUUAGUCCAGCCUCUCUGAAGACAGCUCUGGAUUCCAGCAAGCGUUCUGUCUUUGGUUGUAGCUGCGGUUCAAGGACAGGCUGCUGGAAAUGAUUGCUGCAACUCAAACAUGCACCAUGGUGGUUGUGAGUCAGCUACCGAUAUUGCUAACUUGGAGGUUGGGCACAUUUGCUAUUAUAGGAAAAAGAGUUUGCAUUUAUUGAAGACACCUUUAAUGGGAAUAAAAGGAACAAUUUUAGUUUUCUUGUUUAAUUUUGGCUGAAAUUAGAACAUACUGGCUGAAAGUAGAACAUACUGGAAUUACAGUAAGAGAUUAUUUUUUGUAGACUUUUAAAUAGUAGGUCUGUAUUGCUAGGGAGUUUUUUUGUGAAGAAACUGUUGAACAGAGGAUUAUGCAGGGGCAGAACCCUUUAAACUCUGAUCUUCAAUAAAAUUGUAUCUAUAUGAGAAAAUAAUAAAAAAAAAAAAGAAGGAGGGAGAUCAGAAGCCAUCAAAGAGAUUUCUGAGACAAUCUUUAGGUUAGCUUGAGAUGUGGAAAGGUUUCUACCUCUUCUUUCACAAAGAAGAAUGAGUUUGUGUUUGUAAACUUCAAAAGAGGGGAACUAAGUAUGCCACCAUGCUUGCAGGAUAUUGAGAUGUAGGGUCAAGUAUGACUGAUUGGGAGUUCCAAGAAUUUAACUGAACCUUGUGAGUCCUUACAGAAUACACUACUGAAGAAGAGAAUGACAGAUGUUAAUAAUUAGUCAUCUGAAGAAUAAAGGAGAUGUAGUGAUGCUGCUGACACAGUUGGAUUCCUGUUAACUGAUUGUCCUUAGGAGUGUUACCAGUUCUCAUUUAGUGUGACUCAACACUGACAGUAAUUAAUUAGAUAAUGGACUGUCAGCAGACAUGCAAGAUGAUUCUCACUUCACAAGAGGAAAUGCUUAUCAUAGGCUUGAGCUGUCAGAACUUGUCACUGUUGACUUGUACAGGUUUCCGGAAAAACAAUUCCCAUAUGUAGGGAUUUCUUAAGAUGAUGGGGAUUCAUUGCAGUAGGAGGAGAGUCCAGUAUGGACACAGUGCUGCCUCCUAGCAUAAAUCCGUAGCAGUCUUCUCUGUCCAAGUUCACAGGCAUCUCUGAAACAUCCUAUUAUCAAAUGGUUUGAAUUAUCGGGCUAUACAAAAAACACUGCCCAGUGAGUUACUUCUGGUUUCGCAUGGGCUGGGCUCUUCUGUUCUCAUCCUGGCUGCUGAUUAAUCAGUAUUCCUCUAAAGUACUAAAAUAAUACCAGCCUCUGAAGGUUUAUAGAACUACUGGUUAAUUAGGAAAAGGAUGGGUUGUUUUCUCCCUAUAAUGGGCACGUACUUGGAUGCUGAGAUGCAAAUCAUAGCAUUAGCAAGGAAAAAAAGGAAAAUAUAGCAGGUAAUCAAAAGUGAGCCACCUUGUAACCCUCUAGCCCUACAAUUAUAUGUGUUUUCUUUGUUCAGGAGUUCUCACAAGUAAACGGAUGCUGGUGGAAAAUGCAAAACUACCUCUGCUUAUAGGAAGCAUCAGGCUGACUUACAGAGUUAAUGAGGAAAGGAUUUUAAGUAGCACGGAGAGACAUUCUUAAUAAUCAGAUGUUUAGGGAGCUGGUCAUGCACACUGUCAGCAUCUGUUUCACUUCAUUCUUCUGCCUACCUUUUAUCUGAAAGCUAUUAAAAGACAAAACUGUAUAAGAAAGUAUGUGCACUGCAUACAUGCUCUCAUCACAUCCAUGUAAAGUAGGGUUUCUAAACCUCAGAACAGUUGAAAGUACUCUAGUAUUUGAAGUGAGGUAGAUCUGUCUAGAGAUUAACAACAUGUUCUCAGACAAAUCACCUAUAGCAGACUAGAAAUGAAAUAUUUGGUGUAUUUUGGGUAGCAGAUUUUCCUGAGGGACCUCUAAAACAGUAAAGAUGCAAUCAUGCAGGAGUUAUCUUUUUUCCUACUGAAGUCAGUGAGAAAACAACUGUCUGUAAUAAUAGGGAUAGGACUCAUAAUUCAGUCAUGAAUUAGAAGCUUGAAAACAGGGCCUGAAGACCACAUCCACAUUCAUAUUACCUGAAUUUCACCUAUGUGUAGCAUUUGUACUUCCAUUCACCUUGAUAUAGCUUUAGAAACCCAAGCUAAAAGGAUCUGUUGGAGUGCUUUAAAGCACUUCUAUUAUUAUAUGAAACCAAGUAUUUUAAUAUUCUUCCUAAAACUGCAACACAGAAGACCAUGUUUUUGUACAAAAUCAUAUGGAUUAUGCAUGUUCCUGAAUGGCAGCACUCAGUUGAAAUUUCUGUUUUUAGGACAGCUUGCAUUUCUAAGUCUCACGUUUGUCACAGACACGCUCCUUGUACUUGGCUUGCAGUUCCCUGAAUCUUACCUGAGCAAGUGUGACACAAUGUGUGAAAAGAAUCUAUCGCAAGUAUCCAUAGUUUACAUAUUAGUAUAUGUAGCAGCACUGAAACUUGUAGCAUUUAUUAAAUCAGUAAUUGCAAACUACA